UGCACAAAAUUUUAUCAAUGGUCCCUUUUGAGGAGGAGUUACAUCUUUAAUUUCAAUUUAUUUAAUUCCUAGUGGACAUAAUUUAAUUUUUAUUAGUGAAAUAUCAACCAAAAACUCAUAAAACCAAUUUAAUAUCAAAACCUGAAAGAAACUUGGUUCAUUAAACAAGAUUGAAAAUCAUGAGAUUGAGUUACUCGAUGAAUAGUGAGAAUAAGCUAUUUCCACAUUGUUGCAAUUUCUGAUUUCUAGUAUUUAUUGAUUCGGGUGAUAUCUGCGAUAAAUUUAUCAAAUUGUUCUGGUUUUCUAUUGUCAGUAUGAUCAACAUCACUUCUCGUCCACUGCUUUUUAAAUGCUAUCGCCAUUCAAGCUCACCUUGGACAUCUUUUUUAACUUCUCAUCUCAGUGCAACUUUUAGUAAUCAAAGUACAAGAAAACAAAGCCCUAAUAUUAUUCAAAUCAAACGAGAACAAGUCAUCGAAGAAUAUGUCCCAGUCCCAACACAAGCUGAACGUAUUGUUGCCAAGUUUCCUAAUAGUGUACAACCUUACCUGAAAUUGAUGAGAUUACAUUCACCAACUGGUGGAUUAUUACUUUUGUGGCCAGGUUAUUUUGGUUUAGCUUUUGCAACUGACGCAAUGCGAUAUCCAAAUCCAACUCACCUUGCUUUGUUUGGCGUUGGUACUAUUUUAAUGAGAGGUGUUGGUUGCACCAUAAAUGACAUUGUUGACCGUAAGAUUGAUAAAAAUGUUGAAAGGACGAAAAAUCGACCCUUAGCGAGUGGAGAGAUUACUGUUCCAAAAGCAAUGGCCUUUCUAGCUCUUCAAUCCAGUUUAGCUUUAUCUAUUUUGUUAAAAUUUGAUACAACUAGUAUAAUUUUAGGUUUAAGUUCAGUUGGUCUUGUCUGUAUAUAUCCGUUUGCUAAAAGGUUCACUUAUUGGCCUCAACUUGUCCUUGGGCUAACCUUCAAUUGGGGAGCUCUUUUGGGUUGGUCUGUGGUUACCCAAGGUAAUAUUUACUUACCUGGCGCAAUCCCGUUAUAUCUUGCCUGUUUGUCUUGGACGCUUUUGUAUGAUACUAUUUAUGCUCACCAGGAUCGACUCAAUGACCUUUCCAUAGGCCUUAAAUCGACUGCAAUCAAAUUUGGAGAGAACACGAAAACCUGGUUAAACGUCUUCCAUGGAGCAAUGAUGUCUAACUUAGCUCUUGCCGGAUUCAUGACUGAACAAACAUGGCCUUUCUACGUUUCCCUCAUCUUAGCUAGUCUUAGACUUUUGUCCAUCACUCGAACUCUUGACAUCAACAAUCCUCGUAAUUGUGGUCAAAAGUUUAAAGACAAUGUUCUUGUUGGUUAUAUACUUUUUUGCGGCAUUUGCUUAUCAACCAUGAUAAAGCCUCAAAAAGAAAAGGAAAAUAAAGAAAUUCUCAUUGAAUGAGAAUUGAUAAGUUUAGAAUUGAAA